AAGUUUCGGGGUAGCCGAUGAACCCACUAUCUAUGACCCCGCGGCCGUCUCCAAGCCAUGGAAAUGCAAAUAUUUGACGUUCAGUUUAUUGUUACACAUACAGGUCCCAAAGAUGUCGUUUGUGUUGUCAGGUACUAUAGUGCAUUGAUAAUCGAGUGAUAACCACACGACCGCCUCUCUCACCUGGAUUCGUUAACACCUGACUGCUAAUUAGCAUGGAAGUACCUGUAGGUAUCUCACCUGCGUUCAGGACAUUCAUGUCUUACUAACGUCAACACACGGCCAGUUUUCAGGAGAUUCCGCACUUACUAACGUCAACACGGCCAACACUCAACACCACAGCAUCUUUAAUUUACUGUUUUUGUCAACGCAUGUCUUUGAAGUGACAGAAAUCUAGUUUCCUUGACCUCUGGUUGAACUGACGAGAACCAUGGCUGAGCUACAUAUCGGAGAUCUACUGGUCAUACUCGGCUAUUUCGUUCUAGUUCUAGCCGUUGGAUUAUGGUCAUCAUGCACGACCAACACCGGAAGUGUCAAGGGGUAUUUCAUGGCUGGCAGAGACAUGUGGUGGCUUCCGAUUGGGGCUUCUGUUUUUGCCACCAAUUUCGGCAGCCAUUUUUUCGUGGGUAUGUCUGGAUCUGCGGCUGCUGGGGGACUGGCGGUCGUUAUUUACGAGUGGCACGCUGUUUUUAUUUUGAUGUUGCUUGGAUGGUUCUUCAUCCCAGUGUACGUCUCUUCAGGGGCGUAUACCAUGCCGACCUACUUGAAGCGGCGAUUUGGCGGACGAAGACUUCAAAUCUAUCUCUCCAUCCUCGCCAUCUUCCUCCUCAUCAUUCAGAAGAUUUCGGUAAGCAUGUACGCAGGCGCUGUCUUCAUACAGCAGUCCCUUGGAUGGAACAUGUAUGUGUCAAUCAUUAGCGUUACCGUGGUAACCGCCGUCUACACAAUUAUUGGGGGAUUGUCAGCAGUGAUUUGGACGGACACCCUACAGACAGUCAUCAUGCUGUUUGGGGCGAUCUGGUUGUGUGCAAAAGGUCUGAUCAAGACUGGUGGUAUUGAGGGACUGUUUGAGCAAUACAUGCACGCGGUGCCUAACGUCACCACGUGCGGAAACACCACAGCAGGUUUUCCUCGCGCUGAUUCCCUCCACAUUUUCCGCGAUCCGGUGACGGGCGACAUCCCGUGGCCCGGCGCUAUAUUCGGCCUGACUCCGCUCGCCAUCCUGGCGUGGUGCACGGACCAGGUGAUGGUACAGAGGGUGCUGUCGGCGAAAACCCAUUCACACGCCAAGGGCGGAGUGAUUUUCGCGUCCUGGCUCAAAAUCACGCCCUUCUUCCUCGUCAUCCUGCCGGGAAUGAUCGGCAGGACGUUGUUUCCAAACGAGGUUGCGUGUGUGGACCCUGACAUCUGCGAGAGAGUGUGUGGAAAUCGCAACGGCUGCUCCAACAUCGCAUAUCCAAAACUGGUCGUGGAAAUAUUACCACCAGGUGUUCGUGGUCUGAUGCUGGCCUGCAUGUUGUCGGCGCUGAUGAGUACGCUGACGUCGGUGUUCAACAGCUCCAGCAGCAUGUUCACGCUCGACCUGUGGACCAAGUUCAGGAAGAAGGCCACGGAGAGAGAACUCAUGAUCGUUGGCAGGAUAUUUAUUUUAGUUCUGGUUGCCAUCAGUAUCGCGUGGAUUCCUAUUUUAAUGGCUGCUCAAGGGGGAAAACUCUGGGAUUACCUGCAGGCUGUUCAGGCGUACGUGUCGCCUCCCUGGGUAGUCGUCUUUAUUCUGGGAAUUGUCUGGAAGGGAACCACAGAGCAGGGCGCCUUCUGGGGUCUGAUGGCUGGCCUGGCUGUGGGGCUGACAAGGAUGAUCAUGGAUUUCGCCUACCCAAAACCUGCGUGCGGUGAGGACGAGACCAGACCGAAAGUGCUGUAUAAAGUCCACUUCCUGUACUUCUCCCUCAUUCUGACGUUCGUCGUUCUGGUCGUCUGUGUCGUCGUCAGCCUUUUCACUCAGAAACGUCCAGAGGAGAAGUUACGUCGCUGCACGUGGUGGACACGCUACUCUCGUGAACCGCGAGAAGACACUGAUGACGAAGAAGAUUUUGAUAACGAGGCUGGGCGUCAGGAGCAUGAAGGACAAGAUGCAUCCAAGCAUGCUAUUGAAGAUGGCAAGAUCUCAAUCAAGCAACGAGUGUACAACAUCGUCUGCUGCUACUCCUCUAUGAAGCCCAGGGUGAUGACAAAGGCUAUGGAAGAGGAGCAGGCCUUACGCUACAGAGGCAAAGGCGAGAAGAAGUGGAUCAAGCGACUUCUAGACUUUAACUGUAUUUUUGUGAUGGCUUUCACAGUCUUCCUUAUCGCCUUCUUUUACUAAGGAGGCUCGCUGCGAACCGAGGAUAUAACAUGUGUUACUACGUGUAUUUCAGCAUCAAGUUGUGUCUUCAAUGAAAGCAUUUUUGUUUUCCGUGAGAUGAAAAAAAAAAGACUUUUUGUCAUGAGACACAUACAAAUUUAAUACACCGUAGCGAGCUUCAACAGUUUAUUUUAUUACUCCAGACGCUGAAUUGUGCUAGUCAUAAAACGUUGGUUGGGUAAUGCUAGUUUUCCAUACGUACGUUUUUCCUGUCCAGUUUUCCGUGAAUUGUUGAAAUAAUGUGUCUGCCAUGGCCAUGAAGCGUGCGUGCCAAGUGUACAUACAUUUGCGAUCGCCUUCCAAGCGAUUUUUCACGCCUUCCCAGACCACACAUUGAUUUUACAACAUUUACAAGCUUACUAUUUAAUCCUAAUUUAUACAUUUUUAGCCACAAUUCCUUAUGCUCAACUGUAUCAAAUGCUUUACUAAAGUCAAUGGAAGCACAACGGAGUCUUUUCUUACUGCCAAGCGUAAUAGUUAUAAGACUCUGCAGAGCAAAAGUAGCGUCAACUGUGCUAAAACCGGGCUUAAACCCAAACUGUGCAUCAGAUAUAAUAUUGUAGGUUGAACUCACAUUCAGUAAUCUAUUGUUUAAAGUUGUUGUGAACAAUUUUGAUAAGUGGCUCAUGAGAGUGAUACCUCUAUAAUUCUUUACAUCGUUUUUAUCACCCAUUUUAAACACAGGAAUAAUUGUGCCAUUGCACCAAUUGUCUGGAAAGAUGCCAGAGUCUAAAAUAACAUUAAAAAGUUUACACAGUAUAGGUAGCAUUAUAUCUUUACAUUCAGUGAAAAACUCAUAUAAUAGGCCAUCAAUGCCGGGGCUUUUGUUACGCUUAGCUUUACUUAACACAUAUAGGAUCUCAUGUUCGGUAAUACGCUUAUCUAAUUCUUCGUACAAGGCUUGGUUAUCUUGAUUAGUGCAAUCGUUAGUCCCUUGUGUAUCAUCGUUUUGUGUAGAGCAAGCGAGGUUUUUAAAGUGAUUCAUAAAUGUGUCUAUUGUUAUAUCACAGUUAUGGGCUUUUUAGAUUUACUAAACUUUUGGUAAAAUGCUUUAGGGUUAUUUUUCCAAAGAGUACCAAUCAUAUUUCCUUCCUGCAUUUGGUAAGAUGAACGCAGUUUCUCUUGCAACACUUUGUACUUAAUUUUAGCAUCUGAUACUAGUAGUUUGAAUCUAUUUAAAUGGCUACGGUUGUAAUUGAAUUGUCGGAGAGCGCACAUAUACCUGUUGUAUAGCUUUGUGCAUUCCUCAUUGAACCAAGGCUUGUGUUCACGGACGAUACCGAGUUUAUUAGUGUCAGGGUUCGUACGCGCCUGGAAAACCCUUGAAAACCCUUGAAAAUAAACUAAUGUAUUCCAGUGCUUGAAUACCCUUGAUAAUCAUCUUGCGGUCUGGAAAACCCUUGAAAAUUAUAAUUUGAUGUCAAAUAAAAUAUAAACGCCUAAAA